UGGAAAAGAUUUAGGAGGCAUCGCAGCGCAGAGUAAAAGAGCUGUCUGGAACGAUGUACUCUGAAUCGACUACUUUAUUCCAAAAAAUUUGUUUGCAGGUAUUUGAUUUCCAUAGCCUUUCACUGUCGAGGCAGCAAUGUCAAAGUAGCAGUUGAGCUUGAAAGAAGGAUCAUGAUGCUUGUUCUCGAAGCUCCAUGAACACCAGGAAGUGAUCUCAAAUGUCAUGGCCGGUCUCCUAAUCAAAUAAGUCUACCACCGGAAAUCAGACAUUUGUCCCAUGUCAUUAACGGACGGACAGGUGCCCGAUAAAGACCCUCCGGUGUCAGCUCCAGCAAAUUCUACGUUUGAGCUCCGACAAAGUUGGGUUCUCAGAUUUCUUGCACUGACCAAAUCACAUUGAGCUCAGUUGAUGACAGUAUACAAUCUGCAAACGCAACAAAUAAUGUGAAACAUAUUGAUUGCAGGAAAAGGUAUCCGAUUUGGAAACUCGAGAGACCCAAGCAUAGAUCAAAUGUGAAAGGCUCUGAGAAGGAAAUUUGCAACCCACACCUAACUAUGUUAGCUCAUAAGGCGGCGAGGAAAGAAGAUAUGGCAAAACUUUGAUCCAUCCAGCACUAAUUUUAGUUUGACCAGUGCAGAACAUGAAAAGGACCCUAACUUAAGGAAACCGACUUCUUUGAGCUGUGGUCAGAGUUGUGCUUUGCCUCUUCCAAGCAUGAAGAGGUGUGUGUGUAUAUAUAUAUAAGACGAAGGACCUAUUCUUGGCAUCAGCAAUCUUGCAACAAGGAGGCAAGCUAUCAUGGGCAACUGCAGUGGUCUUCAUUGUAGAAGGGAAAGAUCCAUGGAGCUGAAGAAGGAUCGCAGAUUUGAUUCCAUGGGCGCUGCUCAUGAAGGGAUAAAGACGGUGGCCAUCGAAAAGGUUUGUGAGUUCUCCACCAGCUCAGUUACUUGUGUCUGCAUAGUGACAUGGAACAUGAAUGGAAAGGCAUCCUCGGGCGACAUGGCGGAGCUCAUCGGCUGGCACAGAAGGUUUGAUCUUUUAGCGGUAGGGUUGCAGGAAGUCCCAAAGCAUGACGUCGGAGUGCAGUUGCAGGCUGCUCUUGCCGAAACCCACCGGUACUUCAUUCUUACUGCUUCAUAUCUUGUGGAACUUCUCAUAUACCGUCCUUCUUUUAGCCUCUUGGCAGCAGCGACGAUGCAAUCGCUGCAACUGUUUGUGUUCGGCCCCAAAAACUCCCAACCCUUGGCGAAAGAGACGAGGGUGGACAAGCACGCAGUCAGAGGCUGUGGAGGGUUGGUAGGAAGGAAGAAGGGAGCCGUGGGCGUGCAUAUCGAGUUCAAUGGAAUCCGCAUGGUCUUCGUUUCCUGUCAUCUCUCAGCUCAUGCGCGCAACGUGGAGGAGAGGAACUCCCAGUGCAGGCACAUCUCCCACUCGCUCUUCGCCAAGGACGGGAAUCCAUGUCGGAGGCAUUGCCAUGUGACGGUGUGGAUGGGAGAUCUCAACUACAGAUUGCAGGGAAUCAGCACCCACCCAGCACGAAGCCUGAUCCGUACUCUGCGUUACGUGAUGACGAUGCAGCUGUUGACGAGCAAAGACCAGCUGCUCCGGGAAGCGAAAAGUGGGGAAGUGUUCGUUGGGUACUGCGAAGGGAGCUUGUCGUUUAAGCCGACGUACAAGUACGACGUGGGGAGCAACAACUACGAUACGAGCUACAAGGUCAGAGUGCCUUCGUGGACCGACAGAAUCUUGUUCAAGAUCGAUAGCUCAUCGGGGAUCGAUGCGGCGUUGCACUCCUACGAGUCGAUCGAUCGAGUCAAGACCUCUGACCAUAAGCCAGUGAGGGCCCACCUGUGUUUGAAGGUAUCAAACAUAACAAAUGAAUUUGGAAGACAACAUGGAUAGCAGAACAGGGAAGAGUACCAGUGGAGCAAUCAAUGCCAGCAAAGCCACUGUCACACUGACAGGCACCAUUUGGAUAGCAUGUGCCAUGCUCGCUAC